UCUGCUCUCUCACUCACGCCGGAGAAGAAGAGACACAUCGGACAGACCGAAGAAUCCAUUCAUAUAUAUAGAGAGAUGGAACCGAGGGAGAGAGAUCUGGAGCGAUUGAUCCCGAUGCAUAAAUCCGGAGCUUCACCUCGCGACGUCGUUUUGUCUGUUCCGCCGUCUCCUCUCGCUUCUCCGAUCCACGUUGCCGGAAGAGAGGCGAUUUACAAAGUCAUCCGAAGCUGGGCCUCCAAAAAGUUCAUGACCGGAUGUGUCAUUCUGUUACCAAUCGCUGUCACAUUCUACUUCACAUGGUGGUUUAUUCAUUUCGUUGACGGGUUCUUCUCCCCAAUCUAUACCCAUCUCGGAAUCAAUAUGUUCGGUCUUGGAUUUGUGACAUCCAUCACAUUCAUCUUUCUGGUUGGUGUAUUCAUGUCUUCAUGGCUUGGAGCUUCAGUUCUCAGUAUUGGAGAAUGGUUUAUCAAGAAGAUGCCUCUCAUCAGUUACAUCUACUCAGCUUCUAAGCAAAUCAGCGGAGCAAUCUCACCAGAUCAAAGCUCAGGUGCAUUCAAGGAGGUAGCCAUUAUCAGACAUCCUCAUAUGGGAGAAUACGCUUUUGGUUUCAUUACAUCGACAGUGAUUCUUCGAGGUCGUGCUGGUGGAGAAGAGCUCUGUUGUGUCUAUGUCCCCACCAACCAUCUUUAUCUUGGAGACAUUUUCCUUAUUAGCUCAAAGGACAUCAUAAGACCUAAUCUCUCUGUCCGGGAAUGCAUAGAAAUCGUUAUCUCUGGUGGUAUGUCGAUUCCACAGAUGCUAACAACUUUGGACUCAGAGACUAUUCACAGGUCGGUUGUUGGAACCUAUGCCAUUCCACCCGUGUGAAAUUGAUGAAUCAUGGUUUUUUAUCCACAAGCUGAAAUGGAGCUUGCUGGUUAGGUUACUGCAACAUUUGCUAAUCCAAAAAUGUUGGAAAGUUCUGGAAUCAUAAUGAUAUAUAAGUGAAAGAUUUAGAUUUUUUGAUGUGUUGUUUAAGCCUAGUUUUAGCUUGGACACACACAGAGUCUAAAAGAAGUUAUAUUUGA